GUCCAUAGGAUAGGGAAAUCUUUGCCUGUUAUGUUGCUUAGAAACAAAAGCUUACUGUUAUGGAACAACACUGCGUGGUGGAAGAAGUGUUUACUAUAGGCCUAAAUGUUAUUCUAUAAAUAAUACAUUAAAAUAUUUAAUGAACACUGGUAUUUUAUCAUAUUUUUCUGUCGCUGUUUUAUUAAAUCUAGCCUAUAAGAACUCUCUUGCCCCUUGUAAAAAUCACUAACGCAUUUGUUUACCCCUCAGUAGCCUAACUAACCAAGAUAUAAGUGAGUAAUGAGUGAAAACGUCUAUGUAUUUCGAUGUAGGGGGAAAUCCUAACAGGAACCAACAAAACAAACAUAAUAGGCCUACAUUAUCGUUUUUGUUUUCUUUUGGCCCUAAUGAGAUUAAUACACAUACGCAAGCACGCACAUACGCACACACACACGCGGCCUUUCCACAUUUUCGGGGGAGGAGUAAACGUGACGCCCACGAGAGACUCCAACAUGCCGGUCACAAGUUGUUCUCCUGCCCCACCCUGCCCGGGGUUUACAGGGUCAUCCGCGGCUGCAUCACCAAACUUUUCACGGGACUCCGAGUGGAGUGACCUCGCAGUCCGCCGCAGCCAUGCAGAGCAGUCAGAAAGAACACUUGUAUAAAAUCCUCGUUAUCGGGGAUUUAGGUGUGGGCAAGACCAGCAUCAUUAAGCGCUAUGUUCAUCAGACGUACUCGACGAACUACAGAGCCACUAUCGGGGUGGACUUCGCUCUCAAAGUUCUCAACUGGGACUCGGAGACUGUGAGACUGCAGCUCUGGGACAUAGCAGGUCAGGAGCGCUUUGGGAACAUGACGCGGGUGUACUACAGAGAGGCCAUGGGGGCGUUCAUUGUUUUUGAUGUCACCAGACCUACAACAUUUGAAGCAGUCACCAAAUGGAAGGAGGACCUGGACUCAAAGUUGACACUUGCCAAUGGCAAAAGCAUUACGACAGUGCUUCUGGCCAACAAGUGUGACCAAAGCAAAGACAUUCUGGUUAAUAAUGGUCUGAAGAUGGACCAGUUCUGCCAAGAAAACGGAUUUGUAGGAUGGUUUGAAACCUCAGCUAAGGAAAAUCUAAACAUCAACGAAGCUGCAAAUUUCCUGGUCAAGCACAUCAUUGCCAGCGAGAAUGAUAUUCUCAAAUCAGUGGUUCCAGACACCAUUUCCCCUCAGCUGACCACAACCACGAAGAUGAGCUGCGCUGCAUGUUUCAAACCCUAACAUCUGGCCAACAGGUGGAUUCAGCCUCAGCAGCCAAGAAGAACUAAAAGACAGAUGUCCUUUUGUCUGUAACCAUAAGACCUAAGUAGGAUAUCAAAGAUAAGUGUGUAUGUGUGUGAAUGGAACACAAAGUCCAGAUGUAUGAAUGGGUACUUUGUAAGAUUACAGUUAUUUAUGUGCAACACAAGUCUGGUGUCAGCAUGUGCCGUUUUAAACUUGUGAUGAUUGAUUCCAGAUUGACAGAUAGAGAACAAUUUUGAAACACAGCUGAACAUAGGGAAAUAGUUCCCUUUUUACUACAUUACACAUCUGUCCAACAAUGUCAUUGUGUUUCGUAUUGAUCUCAUGUGUUUUACAUGUUGGUAUUUGUGUUGAAAUGUAACAAUGCUGUGAUAAACAGAUGUUUUUGAUUAAUUAUUCUUUUUUAGACUUGAGAAUUUGUAUAUUUCUUAAGUACAGAGCAUUUUUAGAUAAACUUUCAACUUUAUGGUGCUUGAAAUUAAGUACUGCAUACCCCCUCUCUCUGUGUGUCUUUCUCUGUAGCUAUUUCCAUCUAUUUUUUUUGCAGUUUCCCCAUCUCUGUUUCUUUUUCUCACUCUUUCUCCAUGCUCCUCAGUGAUUCACUUUCUGACUCACUGCCAUUAUAUAAAUCUCCCAUGAAGCCCCUCUUCAGCACACACUUUUGUUCACAUCUUUAAACAUGGUUAUUGAUCUAAGUUCCUUUCUGUUCCACUGCAUGCUGAGUGCAAACCCUUUGCACUUUUACUUCGCGCUAGUCUAUUGUCAUCUAUGUGGGAAGUAUUACAUAAAUUGAAAACACUUUAUCCCAAGUAUUAAGUAUAUUUUUAAAAAAACAGACGUGUAUGUAAAUAUAAAAUGUUUGUAUUUGGAUAAAUAAUAAUGUUUAUUAAUAUUGGAUGAAUGCAUUGCAUUUUGGACCUAAAAUGGAAGAAAACAGUAAAUGUCUGCUUUGUGUCAUAAUUUAUGCUACUGUUUUAUACUGACAAAUCUUAUGCAUUAUUAUAAUUAACUCUAGUUAGGUUUUUUAUGUAAAUGUAAUCAUUCAAAUACAAUUACUUACUUUGCUUUAUACUUCUUCACAUUUCUUCUACAGCUGUUUAGCUGGCAUCUACUAUUUUUAUGAAUUCCAGAUAUAAAUGGAUUUAAUUGAAAGUGGCUAUUAGCUUGCUACUGGUAAUAUUGAUACCUAUUUUUGGACAAAUAACAAUUUUGCUAAUAUGCUGAUUAUACAUUUAUUAGAGUUGA